UUUUAUAAAAUAUAUAUUUGUUUAUAAUCUUAACUUUUAUUGUCGAAUAUUUAGUUUCGUAAUGGCGGAUAGAAUAAAGCGUUUAUCGAAAGAUUUUGGAAGUUUGGAAUUUUUGUUGGAAGAUGAUGGACUUGUUGAAGAAUUUAUUUAUUUUGAUCUAAUUGAAGACAGAAGUUUAUUUAUAAAAACCGAUAAGGGAGAAGGAGAAUAUAAAAUUUUGGUUACUCCUCAUUUUUGGAGAGCAUUUUUCAAAUUCGAAAAAAUUUGGAAUAAAGGGGAAUAUGAAAAAUCUUUGGAAAUUAAGUGGAAAGGUAGAGGUUCUUAUAUUUUUUAG